AUGAACAUCCAACUCAUUCUUGAAAAAAAAAGUGCAAAGAAGAAUCAGAAGAUGAGCAUGGUGGUGAAAGUGAUGAAGAUGAUAAUCUGGCACCAGUCAAGAGAAGAUCCAUCACACCAGCCUCACUGGAACACACUAAGCAUAGCAAGAUGUCCAAGCCCUCUGGGUGACUAUUGGCAAACUUCAUCUGCAGAAACAGUUGUGGGAACCACUGUAGGACACUCUAUCAAGAUCAUGAAUGUGAGAUUGCCUCCAAGUGAGGAUGAGGACAAGGAUGACACUGAUUAUCACAACCUCACUGCCACUGAUGACUGUCCCAUCACAAGUCACCAGCUGCCAAAGAUGUGUCCUGGAAUGGACUGCAAAGAUGCGAUCCCUGACAGUAUUUCCAACCAGCUCAAGACUGCCUUGUCCACCUACAUUGGCCUCAUCAAGGAAAGGAAGACCAAUAUUCAUUUGGGGAUGGAUAUCUCCCUCAAGGAUGCAGAGGCAAAAGGUUGGCCAGCCAUGAAAAUCAAGUUCAAAGAUAUUCCCUCUCGCAUUUUGGAAAUCACAGUUUUCUUGAAUGCAUGUCCCUCCAAUGUCUUCAGCAAUAUGGGAAAACUCAUGCUGCAGGUAUACCUAACCUACUUUGUAAUUCCCCAUGUCAUCUGUCAGUUUGUCACUCAAGACUUCAGCCUUUUGUUGACCAUGCCCACACAUAAUAUCAUGGUAGAAAGUAACAAUGUUGGCAAACUGAUCAAUCCCAAGCAUGAUGAUGACAAUGAGCUCGAUCAGAUCAAACAUGCAAUAACAUUUGCUCUUAAUCAGAGAAACCUUGAGGGCCAAACAAUCCAUGAUGCUGCAAAGGCACUGGUUGCACUUCAGUAUGCAAAAACAACUGAUGUUCUGGGCACAAGUGGCAUGCAUUUUUUACUUUGA